GCGAGCACGGGAUUUCAUGAACACGGGGCAAUCCCACAUUCACAACCAGCUCUUGGACACCACUCUGAGCCUCGCCAAGAGUCCGGAGCGGUAACCACGACAAGAUUGCGAGCAGAAUAUCCUGGGGCAGUCUUCCCCACAAUCUGGAAUCCAUCGCCUCGCGCCUCCGAUCGCUCCCGACAUUUCUUUCAAAUGACGCAGAGUCAGAUUAUCAGAUUGGAGUCUAUGUUUCGAUCUAGCAGUCCAAGAAGGUUGCCAGGUUCUCCACUGCAGCCCUAUUUGAUUGCUUAGCUUAUUGAUCGCAUGAUUACUUGGCCAGAAGGAGGUAGUGUUACCGGAAGUCGCACUGGAUCUACGAUUUUCGAAAGGCAAGUUCAAUUUGAGCUCUGACUAGAACUCGAGUACCGUGGACAGUUCAACGCGGCCUUGGGACCAGAAGCGUCAAUUUCUUUACAAUGAGACCUUUUGGCAUAUUGAGGUCGGACUUGAGAGGUCGAGGUCUCUUGAAUCCAACCGAAGUGAAAGUGCAAGCGCAGGAAGGCUGCUACCAUGGACCAAUCAUUUGCAACCAUAUUAAAAGUCAAUUUCUGAUCCCAAGCACUAGCGGAGGGAUAGCUCAUGGCGUAUAAAAGUGGGUUCAAACCGACCGGCGCUAUUAAUGGCAAAGCUGGGGUGGCAGGUCAUAUAGGGGCUGAAGAUGGUGGAGGAGGGAGGGGAUGCUUUGGGUGAUGGUUGUUUAGCUAAUAUCAAACCUAUCACCUUCAGGUUGGAGCUAAUCAUCGUAAUUACUUGUUUGAUCAAACAAGCAAUCAAACUAGCUCCAUAGUUCGUGACCGAGUGUUUGACCUUGAAAGUUGUAACUAGCUACAUACUAUUUUAGUAUUUUAGUCAGUGGUGGAGUUUGAAAGUUGCAACUAACCUGAAGGCUGAGUAACUUGUUACAACUUGCGCUCUAACACUGCCUAAUAAGCUAUAUGCAACUUUCAAGCUCCAACAUAUACUAAAGUCCUCUGUAUCUCGUUACAAGUUUCAAGCUCUAACACUCACUAACGUAAUGUGCAAAGUUCAUGUAAAGAUUGUAUUUACGA